AUGAAAAGUGCCGCCAUGUUGAAACGCGAAAACGCCACGGCGUCCGCCAACGUCCUCAUGUGCAAACAGUGGUGGAAAGUGUGCUGGAUGUACGGCGACCAGGAGAAGUACUAUCGGCAGCUGUACGGCAAGAAUUUCGGCAGGCCCGGUGACGUAAGCAAGGACUUUCCAGAAGGUGCCAAGGACUCGAAUCGGCCGUCGGCGGAUUUCCGGCAUCAGAGCUUUUAUGAGAACGCCGGCAACGUCGCUCUGGGCGUUCAGGAGAGCGUUAGCUUGGAGGAGAUCAGGACGGCCUCGCCAGCGUCCAGGAGGAAUGAUUCUCCAGGGUAUUCUUCCCUGGAGAUGGCGAGAGGAAUAGACGAGUGA